AUGGCAUUUGCAUCUUCCACAACAGCUAUUGCAGCAUGGCGGGAUGACCUGGAGAAUGCCGUGGGAUUUGACAAGGACUUGGAGAUUCUUCAACGGACAAUGCUCCCCUCUAGAAAUAGGUCUAAUCUACCACAACACCCAAUGUUCAUCUCCAUAGUCGGUGAGAGUGGUGCCGGAAAGAACACGCUCGCAAAGAUUAUCCGCCAUGAGAUGAAGCCAGAGAUGGAUGUUAUAGUGUGGUGCGACAUGGAGCCUGGUUCAAGCACGGCAGAUCUCCUAAUAGAGUUGUACCAACGUGCAUCCUUGCAGUGCAAUUGCCCAGCCCCAGAUGACUCUUGCUCUCGCAUUGAACAAGAAGUGACCGCUCUAGAUAUUGGCGAGAAUCUCCGAAAUCUCCUGACUGGAAAAAGAUACAUGUUGAUUCUGGGCGGCAUAUCCUCCAAAACCAUCCUGAAUAGCGUGAGAGCAAGCUUGCCAGAGCAAGAUCAGGAUGAGAGUGCAGAUAAUGGCAGCCGUGUGGUACUCAUAUUGGACACUGAAAAUGAAGAAGUCGCUUUUCACGCGAACACCAUGAACAGAAAAAGGAUCAACGGAAUACACCUGCUAACCCGUUUGGAUCAGACAAGAAGUGGAGAGCUAUUCUUCUGGAAGGUCCUGAGGAAAGGACAACAACCUGAGUCGUCGUUGUCUUCGCGAAGAAGAAGUGAACAGCGUCAGUCAUUCUUUUGGGAGUUGUUCUGGAGGAGAGGACAGUACGAAAAGGAAAGCAGGAUCAUUGCCGAUCCCAAGGACGAGGAGUACUCAAGAUUGGUGCACGAUUUAACAGGGGGUUAUCCUAUGGCUAUUGUGCUUCUUGCCGGACUUCUUCGAGUCAAGGAGAAGCCAGUAGAGUGGGAUGCAGUGCUGCAGCAGCUCAUUUCUGGAUCAGCUGAAACAAAAGCCAUCCGGGUUAAAGGCAAUAACAGGCAAGCUAGCCAGCCGCUGCGCACAGGUAAAGCUAAAGGUAUUAACCGGCAAGCUAACCAGAGGCGCAGCACAAGAAGGGCGAUGGAGAUGAUCUUCUGGGCUAGCUUUGAGGACCUUCCUGACGACCUCAAGUCAUGCUUCCUCUACUUGGCCUCCUACCCAAAGGGCUCAUCUCACCCCGCCCAUAAUAUCGUGCGGAUGUGGAUUGCGGAGGGUUUCAUAAAGCAGCCGGGUGACGGCAAGACCAUGGAGGAACUGGGGCACGACUACCUCAAGGAACUCGUCUUGAGAUGCCUUGUUGAGUUGGAAAGGAUGAAACCCGGCGGUGGCAUCGAGCUUGUCAGAGUUCACAAGAGCAUCAUGAGAUUGCUGCAGUCGGAGGUCCGAGAGGCUGGCUUCAUGGGGAUUCACGACAUAAAUGACGCACAAGUUCCACCGUCGGUGCGCCGCCUCUCUGUUCAGAGCGGCAACGGCAGACGGUAUACAUCCACAUUCGCCAACAAAAAGUUCCCCAAACUGCGGUCCUUCAUAUGCCACAUCGUCAUCGACCAGCAGCAGCAUCAGCACGAUCUCAUGUUCCUGUGCUCGUCCAAGUUCAUUCGCGUCAUCUCCGUGCAGGGGUUGAGGCUUGACAAGCUGCCGGAUAAGAUCGGUGACAUGAUUAACCUGAGGUACCUGCGCGUGGAUUGCAGGAAAUUGAGCAGCCUCCCGUCCAGCAUCGCGAGACUGCACUACCUGCAGACGUUCGACAUAAGGAACACCCAAGUCGAGCAGAUUGACCAAAAUUUCUGGAAGAUCAAGACGCUGCGACAUGUCCUCGCAACUAAACUCACACUUCCAGCGACAAUGUCAGUGGUGGAACAAGAUCAGAACGGUGGUGGUGGUAGUGGUAGUGAGCUACAGACACUACACGGUGUCAAGCCGGACGCAUCGGGGGAGUGGAGCGCAGGGAACUGCCCGCUGGACAAGAUGACCAGCCUACAGUCAAUGGAGAUGCAUGGCUUCACGCAUUCAAGACAUGCAGGGCCUGCCUUCGAGGCUGCUCUCGGGAACAUGAAUCUCCUUGGCCACUUGAAUCUGAAAGGUGAUAAGAUACCUUCAUGCGUCUUCACUGACCCAAGCCUUCGAAGUCUCCAGACAAUGGUGCUCCAUGGAGAUAUCGAUUGGGCAGGCAUCACCGCGGGUCAUCUUCGCACGGUCCGUCCAAACCUCGUUCAGCUCAAACUGCGGAACAUCCAUGAUGAAGUGCCCCAAAGAAUCAGCAAUCACCUGGGAAAGAAACUAAUAAUGGAACUUGUGCCAAAUCAAGGCACACCCCCUGCACGAGGGCUCUCGUGUUCUGCUAGUGGCCCCGUGCGCCGCAUGUGCACUUAA